UUUUCCCAACAAGCAGAAAUCUGCAGAACCAUCUCCCACCAUGAUGAGCUCUUCAUUGGGCAGCAACCUGUCAGAACUGGACCGACUACUCCUAGAACUGAACGCUGUUCAGCACAAUCCCCCUAGUGGCUUCCCAACAGAUGAAGCCAGCGGGAGCCCCUCCCUGCCCAGUGGGACUGGACCUCACUAUGUUGUCCCAGAGAGCACUAGCUCUUUGGGGGUGAAGGCAGCACCCCCUACAAAAGAGAAGCCAAAGCGGAACGGAGGGCGUGGGAUUGAGGAUGUGCGUCCCAGUGUGGAGAGCCUUUUGGAUGAACUGGAGAGCUCUGUGCCAAGUCCAGU